ACUGUGGAGCUGGGAUGUGAUUUAGCCGUCUAAGGAUUAGCAUUAGCACGGUGCCUCAGUGCGACUUUUAAGGCGUACCGGAGACGCGGUGCGACUGGAGUACAUUCUUCCUCAGCGGCACAUAAACACACCGAAAUUCACCGACAUCAAGCUAUGGCCCACAACUAAUGCAGAGUGUGCUUGAGAUGGCAGAGGGGAUUCAUGUUGGCGAAAUGCCCUCGUAUGAACUAGUCUCAAGUGCUGAAGCAAUAAAGAGGCCAUAUUCAUCUGAUGGAAGUGAGGAACCCAUGAGGAAGAUGCCUGUGUCCAAAUUUGGCCCGAGACCACGAUUCGAACCAGUUCACUUUGUCAGUGGUAGCAGCAGCAGCACCAGUGGAUUAGGGCGUGCUGAUGAAAAAGAAAAUGAGAGAGAACGUAGGAGUGGGGAGGGAAAUAGCCUAAGGCAAAGGGAGCCAGACCAGCCACACAGUAGUAGCCAUGGUUAUGGCCCUCCUCCCUCCUCAUCAUAUGGUUUUGACUCUUGGGCUGAGCGUAGAAGUAAGGACAUGUCUUUCAGCAACAAGAGCGGUUUUGGUUAUGGCAGCAGAGGACCCACCUCUAACUUCAUGGGAAAAAUGCAGCAGGAAUACACAGCAAGAUAUGAAGCACACAGUGCAAGACAGACAAACUCACCUCCUCAGUCAGGCCGAUUUGAUAGCUAUGGAGGGGGAAGGUCUGGACGCUGGGAUUCUGGAAGGCAUGGCUUGGGCUUUGGGCACAAAGAUAGACCAUCAUCUAGCCAAGGUUUGACUAGAUCCUAUGACAGCCCAUGCCGAGCCAGUCCAGGCCUACUCCCUACCCCGAAUAUGCCAACCCCAGUUCCUCCAGCUACCCUGGAUGAGAAACAACGGUUAGUUAUCAGGGUUGUGUCUGCAGUAGCAGUCACACUCCGAGACCCUGCAUUCGUGGGCGGACCUGAUGGUCCAAAUUACAAUUUCAUUCUCAGUCGCAGCAUUCAGGCUUGUAAAACUAACCCUGAGUACAUUUAUGUCAAUUUAAAAGAUAUUCCUCCCUCUGACCUGCCUAAGAACAAGAAAGUACCACCUGAGGGUUAUGCAUGCGAGCUAAGAUGUUCAGGAGUGUACCUCGCAACUGGCUACUCUGGAAGCAAGAAUGGUGCCAGAGACCGAGCAUCAGAGCAGGCUGUGAAACUUUUUAUUAAACCAGUGGAGGUCCGUGUAGUACAACGUCUAUAUAAGCGCAAUUAUGUCAAUGACUUGGUAGUGUGUCAGUUAAAUGCACCCACCCCAGCCUUAGUUCCACCCCUACGCAACCCAGAGGACAGCCCACCACCCAGUACCAAGGGUCAGUAUGUGCCUGAUAAAAGCAAACACUGGACAGAGUUUGUCAUAAUGGAAAAUGCCCAUGAUGCCAUUUGCAUCCUUAACAAUUCUGCUGCAUAUAAUCGGAUGAAAAUAGACUAUUCUUUUGAUCCAGUACCUAAUAGCAGUGCAUGGGUGUGUAGUGUUUAUUUGCAAGGUGAACUUUUGGCUCAAGCCAGAGGAACAAAGAAGAGCUCUAAACAUUCUGCAGCUGAGGAGGCUGUAAAAAAGCUACGAAUGAACCAGGCAGUUCGCCAACAACAGGAACAACAGGAUCAAUUCCAACAGCAGCAGUUCUCUCAAGCAAACCCUAAUCCUGAUCAGCCUGUUGCAAGUUUCAGCCAAUAUGGGCCACGCAAGAAACAGCUCAGCGAACUGGUUAUUCUAGAAAACUCUGAUAAUGCCAUUUGCAUCAUUAACGAUACUGCACAGUUCAACAAGGUGGCGGCAGACUACAAAUUUACAGUGCUACAGGACCAUCGCUGGAGGUGUGAGGUCUAUAUUGAGGGCCAGUUUGUUGCCGAAGGCAUUGGUCCCAAAAAGACUGUUAAACAUAUUGCAGCUGUGGAGGCUAUUGCCACACUAAAACGUACACAAGCAGUAGUGAAGUCAAACCUUAGAAAGGAGGGCAAUGUAGAUGCCAUUUCUCGAAAUCAAAUCUUGGCUCGUUCUGGUGAAGAAGCCACACGGCAGGAAAUAAAGGAGGACAAUAUUGGUAACCAGUUGCUUCGCAAGAUGGGCUGGACAGGUGGUGGUUUGGGUCGAGAGGGAGAAGGCAUAGCUGAACCAAUCAUGGUUAAGGAACAGUUUACUAGGGAAGGACUUGGCAUGGACAUGGAAAAACAUGGUCAUCUGACAAAGCGUGAUAUUGAGGAAAUCAUACGCACAUAUGCUUGUUCAGAGCGCCAGGAUGACCUGCGAUUCUCCACUGAGCUAAAUAAUGAGGAGCGUAAGCAGAUUCACCAGGUCUCCCAAAAAUACGGGCUGCGGAGCAAAUCUUAUGGCCAGGGAAGGCACCGCUUCCUUGUGGUUAGCCGGAGAGUGCAAAAGGAUCAACUGAUUGGUCAACUGCUGCAAGAGGGACAGGUGGGACGAUACGAGCUGGUAAAACCUCAGGCCUAUGAAUGACUGGACCCUAUAGAACCCUAUCUGGGACUUGGGACAGAGUAGAGCAGAUGUACUUAUGUUUAUUGGUUCAAAAACAGAUUAAAAUGUAUUUUUCAAUAAGUGUGUCCACUAACAUCAGUCACUAUUUAUGGCAAUUCCCUCCCCCAUCCCCAUGCCAUAGAUUUGAGGAUUAUAACUAAUUUGAGCAAAGCACCGUGUUGUCCACAAGCUACUUACUAAGAUUAGUACUAUCUUGUAUUGUCAUUUUUACAGACAUUAACGUUGGUAGUGAAUUCUAUAGCAGCAUGUGCUAUCAAACAUUCCAUUUUCAUGAAUUUUUCAUGGACAGCAGAUCCUGUUCCUGUGCUGGACCAUUUAAAAUGCUUUAAAAAAAAAAUAACUAACAGCUCAUGGAAAAUCACUGUUUCAACAUUUGUCAUAUUACAGUCAGGUAAUUGUUAGUGGUAUUGUAAAGACCUAAUGUAUCACUGAAAUGUAGUUAUCUAAGCCACUUUCCCUAGACAAAUGCCUGAGCAGCAGCUGUGCUUUGCUCACAAUUUUUUGUGAGAUCUCAUGUCUGCUUGUUGUAUAUUAAAGAACUUAAUCUGGUCAGUA